UUUGAAGACAGAGAAAUAACACGCUAAUUAAUGCUUACAGUUACCUGUUUUUAAAAGUCCUGUCACUCUCGCAGGACUCCCCUACAUUUGGCCUGUGCCACUGGCCAACCGGACAUGGUAUCUCUCCUGGUGUCCGCAAGAUGUGAGCUUAACGUCUACGACCGUGAAUACAGGACACCUCUGAUCAAGGCUGUACAACUGAGGCAGGAGGUUUGUGCAACUAUUCUGCUGAAAAAUGGUGCCGAUCCAAAUAUUAUGGAUUUCUUUGGAAAGACUGCUCUACACUAUGCUGUGUAUAAUGAAGAUACAUCCAUGAUAGAAACACUUCUUUGUUAUGGUGCAGAUAUUGAAGAACGCGGCAAGGUAUAGAUCAACCAACGUUAUUUUCAAACUAUCUGAAAUACAUUUAUUUUAACGUUGACACAUGUUAGAGUCAAUUUUUCAUAUUUGGAAGAUCAAACAUUCCUUGAAUGAAAAUAUUUUGAAAUGCUUUAACUGUCUAAGAUUUUACUUUAAAUACUGGAACUUUUAAAGAAGCAUUAUAGAGUACAACUUUUCUUCAUGUGCUUAUGGUAAAUAAUUAUAAAAACAAAUGAAUUACAAUAAAUUUAUAAUUCAUGACAACUGAAUUUGGGAAAGGGAAUGGUUAAGUGGUUUUCCACUAAAUUACUUUUUUUCUAAUCAGUGUGAAGUGACACAGGAAAGUAAAAUUUGCCCUUAUUAAUAGGCUUUAUUUUAAAUUUCAAAGAAAAUUAAAGCAUUUCACAAUAAAUGUCCUUCUUGCUGCUGUUGA